AUGUCGCUCUUCGGAACUGGAACCCAGCCUCAGACGGGCGCGGGCGCCAACCCCAGCCCAUUUGGAGCUGCCGUGACUAAACCUAGUCUCUUCGGCAACACUGGCACAUCGGGGACAGGCCUCUUCGGUUCGAAUACCACCGGAACUGGGAAUCAGCAGGGCGGUGGUCUUCUGGGAGGACAGUCGCAGACUCCGCAACCUUCGACAGGAGGUGGUCUUUUCGGUUCAACCCCAACUCAACAACCCUCGUCAGGAGGUGGCCUUUUCGGUUCAACGGCCACUUCUCAACCUCAACAGCAGCAGACACCCGGCACGAUCUUUGGGUCGGCGACGACCCAGCCGAAACCCGGUGGAUCCUUGUUUGGUGGCCUCGGAGGAGGUCAGCAACAACAGACUUCGAGUCCGUUCGGAAACUUGGGCGCAAGUAACACGCAGCAACAAGCUCCGCAGCCGAGCUUGUUCGGGGGCUCAUUGCUUGGAGGUCAGCAACAGGCUGGCCAGCAACAGCAGCAGCAGCAGCAACAACAACCCCAAGCACAACAGCAACAGCAACAGCCUCAGUUAGGGCAGACAUUAGGACAGCAGCAGCAGGGAUCGAGUCUCUGGUCCCCCGGCCGUGCGGUCACCGGAGUACACCGAACCGUUCCGAUGCAGAUGCAAAUUGUCCGAGAGAAAUGGGACGCCAACACUCGCUCUUCCCCCUUCCGAACCUACCUGUACAACAAUGUCGGCGAGGAGGCAGCGCCCUUCUACCAGCCAAGCGCAGAUGAUGACGAUACAAAAUGGGAGGAUGCUUUGCGACAGAGACCUGGGUCGGGCUAUGUACCCGUCCUUGUAAAGGGCUUUUUUGAGCUGGGCAAGCGAGCCCAGAGACAGAAGGACUUCCUUACCAUGAUGCAGACCCGUCUUCAUGAAAUCAACAACUGCCUCACCGACUUACUGUCCCGACAUGACCUCAAGAUCUCCGUGAAAAUCGCCGACUGCCGCCGCAAACAUCUGGUACUGAGCAAGCGCUGCCUGGCCCUCGCUGCCAAGACCCAGGUCCUACGAAACAGAGGUUAUGCGAUGGAUGACGCGGAGGAGGAAUUGAAGAAGAAGCUUGCCCAGCUGGAACGCUCGGUCUUCGACCCCUCGUUGAAUGGACGUGCCGAGGAAAUCUGGGCCAGAAUGCUCGCUAUUCAAGAACAAUCAAAACGCCUACAGACCGAGAUCGAGAGGGCUGGCCCGAGUGCCGCAGCCCAGGUGGACGACGAACUAGACGAGAAUACGAUGAAGGCUGCCAAGAAGAUAUUGGACGAUUAUCAUACCCAGAUUCAGCACCUGCACAAGGAAAUGGAGUCGGUCAAGAAGGACCUCGAGGAGGCACAGAAACUCCAAGGU